AUGGCAGCAGUCGCAGGUAUCGUGUCCGUCCCCGCCCCAGGCAAGCCCCCCAUGCGCCCUAAGCGUGCCAAGCCGGACGACGAAGUCGACGAGAAGGUGCUCCGCCGCCGCCAGCAGUACAAGUUCCACCAGCGCCGCCACCGAGCCAAGCAGAAGGAGAAGAUGCUCAUGCUCACCAACGACGUACAAACGCUGCUCGCCGACAUCGAGCAGCUCAACAACAAGCGCCAGCGAUUGCUCGUCGAGCGCAGCUGCUUCAGCUCGCGAGGCACCGACGCCGGGGUGCCGGCGCGCCUCACCAUGGAGUACUUCCGUCUCUUCGAGUUCGGCAUCUCUCCCAGUCUGGUCCAGCAGCAGGAACACUUUUUGCGCUCCAUCAUGACAGCGCAGACUGCUGGUCCAGACUACUCCGGCGUCGAGACCGUCAUCAUGCUCUGGAAACGUUUCAGCGACUUCUACCAGUAUAGCAGGUACGAGCUGCUCUCCAUGAGUGUGUCAGCGCUGGCUGAAUCCACCGUCGUAGUCAUGGAGACCAACUUCCACAUCCGCUGCCGACGCGACGGCGUGCUGACGCUGUAUCCGGGACUACACUACAACAUGGAGCUGCUCCAGAAGGUCAUCAACUCCGUGCUUGUCGUCCCAGUUCAGUACCGCUUCGAGUUCGACCCCAACGGCAUCGUCACGUGGUUCAGCGCCGACUGGGACCUCGUCCAGGCGUUGAGCGCCAUCGUGUCGCUUGUGGACGCUGCGUCCAUCCUCAGCGACGCCAACAUCUCCAAAACCGGCCAGAUCCGGAGCAGGAUCGAGGACAUUCGUCAGGCCUGCACUGUCCAGGACGACGAUGUCGUUUCUUCCACCCCGCAGAUCGUGGAUCCCCGCCACAGCGUCGACUUCCUGCUCUCGUAA